AAAAAUCGGACAUGGCAAAACAAGCUAAGCUUAAAAAGUAUUUCUUUAAACCAAGCAGGUCUAAUGAUGAUAAUACCGACAAUGAGAUGGCGAUACCGCCUGCUGUCAAUGAGACCGUAGAUGCCUUGGCCCCGGACAGAAAAAAACAAAGAUCCCGCGCGUUCAGACCCGUAUGGAAAGAUACAUUCACCUGGCUGAGGUGCGACAUUAUAGAUGGGGAAGAAAUUCUGUUCUGCUCACACUGCGAGAAGUCGGGGAGAAAGAACGGGUUCACCAAAGGAGCAACAAAUAUGAGAACCUCUGCGCUUAUUGAACACAGUCAGAGCAAUGAGCACAUUUUGUCAGUGAACACAAUACCACAACAAACCGCAAUGAAAGGCCACUGCGAGAGGGCGAAUGAAGCUUCCAACAUGAAGCUAUGUUCUCAGCUAAAAGUCGUGUUUCACAUGGCUAAAAACGACAUUGCAGGUAAUCAGUAUGCAGGGUUGACUGAGCUACUACGAGAAGUGAAGGCUCCUGAUUUUGUCACAGGUGAUGGAAUUUACCGGCACGGUGAUUCCGUUGAUGACAUGGAAAAGGCCAUAGAUGAAGUCCUGAUUAAGCAGCUGGACGAAAAACUAAAGAAGAGUGACUUUAUCGGAAUAAUCAUUGACGAGACGGUUAAUAUCACUGUGGACAAAAAGCUGAUAAUAUACGCCAAGUUGCAAAUUAAAGGAAAAGUGGAGACGUGUUUUUUGGGAAACUAUGACGUGCACUCCGGGACAGCACAGUGUAUAUUUGACAAGGUGGAUGAGGUGCUCCGCGAGAGGGAUGUGAAACUGUCAAGCGUCAUUGGCCUGGGCUCAGACGGGGCUAGUGUAAUGAUGGGCAAACGUGCUGGAGUUGGUGCUCUUCUGAAGAGAGAGAGUGCGUUUUGCAUUCAGGUGCACUGUGUUGCCCACCGAGUUGCGCUGGCCGAGAUAGAUGCUGCAAAAGCUGUGGACCAAGUAGGAGUUUACAAGCGCACAGUAUCCUCUGUGUACUCAUUUUACAAGCACUCAGCCAGCAGGACCAAUCGCCUCCGUCAAAUGACAGCAGCGCUCGGGGAUGAAGAUGUGAAAAGCCUAAAGCAGCAGUGCGCUGUCCGCUGGUUAUCCUUGCACAGGGCAGUGGAGGGUAUCAAGCUAAACUGGCCUGCUCUGGUGAUGGAGCUACAUGAAGAGGCUGUUGGAGGAAAUGCCCAAGCAAAAGGCAUCCUUGGUCAAAUCCAGCCAUACUGCUUUAUCGCCUGGACUCACGCACUGGCUGAUGUGCUACCUGUUAUGACCAAACUUAAUUUGGUUUUCCAGAAAGAGGAUGUCAAUCUGGCCACAAUCCGACCAAUGGUUCACGCAUCAGUUGCGGCACUCACACAGUUGAGGGAUUCCCCCGGUCCCGAAGAAGAGAGGUUUCAGGCAGAUUGCCAAAAUGGCAUGUACAGGGAUGUGAAUGUGACACACGCAGAUGACCGGUCCCGGCAGGCUUUCAGUAAUGUCCGCGUACGCUACAUUACACAUCUUAUAGAUGCUUUACACAACCGCUUUCCUGAAGAGUCCCUGAGUAUUAUCACUAGCUUUGACGUCCUUCUGAACCCAUCCCGAUACCCAAAUGCACAAAGUGCGCUUCAAAUAUACGCUGAACCAGCCCUCAAAACCAUUAUUGGUCAUUUUGGCCAAGGGAUUGCCAGUGAGGAUGACUCGGCGCAAGCCAGUGCCCCUCUCAUUGAUGCCACAAGCGCCCACAGAGAUGCCAUCCCCGUGAUGACAGCGCUCCGCGGAUACGGAGGCUUGCAUUUCUUAACGGCUUGCGAAGUCCUCGUAAGAGAUUUAGGCAACAUCUAUCCUGAGUGGGCCACACUGGCCAAGAUAGCAUGCGUGAUCCCUGUCUCCAGUGUGCCGGCAGAGAGAGGAUUCUCUCUACAGAACAGAAUCAAAACAGCGCAGCGAAGUCGGCUUGGCGAGAACAAGGUCACACGGCUCAUGCGCAUUGCCAGUUGUGGAGAGACACUCGGGACCUUUGAUUUUGAAUCCGCAGCUACCCACUUCACAGGUCUGAAAAAGCGUAGAAAGUAGGCUAAAACAUCAUAAGCUAGGCAUUUUGCUCUAGUUUUGUCAAAGAGUUUGUGUUACAAUUUGUUUAAAGGCUAUUUGAUAACAAGUCGGCAGCUGCGAGCCUUUAUUAAAAUGCUCACGACGGGCCAUACUCUUUUAGUUUGUGAACAAAUAAUAAUUAUUAUGUUUUAUUUUAUCCGACUAUAUGUAGGUCUACAGCUGAAUAACAUGGGUUUUUUGUUUAUUAUAUUAUGGCUUGCGUAAUAUAGGCUAUAUUUAUUUAU